AUGAAUGUGUGCGUUGCUAUCAAUCGUUGCUGUAAGUCCGCUUUCAAAUGAUCCGCAAUUUUGCGUCCGUUCAGUUGUGGCCGCUUUGCGUUGCGGAUCGAAGAUCGGAGGAUCGGAGGAUGCGCUGCUCAACGAGGAUGUCCUCAUGACAAUCCUCAACGCGAUCUGCGGAUUCGUGGCCGUCGCCGAGACCUCUUGGAUCGUCUUCUUCCUGUUCACCGUUCAAAUUCCCUACGAUUACGAGUACUACACUCAGGGGGUUCAAAAGGUCUCGAUUUCAAUUCAUUUCAGAAGAGAAGGCCUCUUCCCAAUCACUUUCCUCCGCUUCUUCUGCGCGUGCUGGCUCGCCUACAGUGUUCCGUACCACUACUGGAAAGCCCGAGUGGCCCGACCGAUAAAGUUGCCACAGACGGCCACCGGUUCGCAGUGCACCGUGUGCGAGGGUCCGAAGCCGAAGCUGACGAGUCACUGCUCGACGUGCGGCACGUGCAUCUACAAGAUGGACCAUCACUGUCCGUGGAUCGGACAGUGCGUCGGGGCGCACAAUCAGGCGCACUUCUUUCUGUUUCUCUGGAACGUCUUCCUCGCGACAGUGCUCGUUCUUUACGUCGAGUAUGAUUUCUGGAUUGAGAAUUGGAAAGUGUGGACUGUGGAGAACUACGACGGGAAGGGGCACGGACGAAAGGCCGUGUUCACUGUGAUCGUCGUCGUCAUGCUCCACAUCAUCAUGGUCUCAUUUCUGAGCACUUAUGCGUUCCUCGUCUCCGGCGGACUCACGUAUGUCAUGAAGAUGUUCAACAAGCAAAGCGAGGACUCGAAGCAGCAGUUGACGCCCUCGAUCAUCCAUUUGCGUUGGCGAAAGUAUCUGGCGGUGCGUCGCGGAGAAUGGAUUCUGAAGGCGUUGUUCGUGCCCUCGGAUCGAAUUGUCCGCGAUUACAACUUCUUCCACGUCCACUAG